AUUGAGCACAAUCUGGAAAAAAGUUUCAAGAGAGAAAAAUAAAUAAAAUUAAGUAAAAUGGUGUGUGCCUAUGUGUUGGUGUAUCUGCAUGACACCAAAUCAGUGGAAGAGACUCACAAAACCACUACCUCAAAAUUUCUCAUUUAAAACAAGCCAACUUGGGAGGAAAUUAACAUAUCAAGUGGCCAUGGGGGGCUGAUUUCCCUUUUCUCCCUCUUCAAUUCCUAUCUCUCUCUGCUUCAAAAGUUUUCUUUUUUUCUUCAAAAGUUCUUCCCUUUAUGUUUCCCUUCCACUUCUCUGUAAGGUCAAAGGGAAUUCAGAUUUCUUUGCCUUUGAGCUUUGAGAUUGGGGAUAAGAAUUGAAGGACUCAACAACUGCAUGUGGGUUUUCCAGAAUUCUGAUUCAUGUGUGAGGUUUGGAAUCAAGGAGGGAAAAGAAACACUCACUUCCUCUGAAGCAGAAGAUAUUGUUGACACACACUUUGAGAAGAUUUAAGGUUAAUUAUAUAUAGAGGGUUUGCUAUUUAUAAGACAUGGCAGCACCUUUUUCUGCAGCGUCACUCUUUGGAAUCAGAGAAGAGGAUCAGAAUCAGACGAAGCAGCAGCAUUCCUCAACACCAUCAUCAUCAACCACUCCAGCUGCACCACCCCAGAAGAAAAGGAGAAACCAACCUGGAACACCAAAUCCAGAUGCAGAGGUGAUAGCACUAUCUCCAAAGACGCUAAUGGCAACAAACAGGUUCAUAUGUGAAGUGUGCAAUAAAGGGUUCCAAAGGGAGCAAAACCUACAGCUGCACAGAAGAGGACACAACUUGCCUUGGAAGCUAAAGCAGAAGAGUACAAAAGAGCCAAAGAGAAAGGUUUAUCUGUGUCCGGAGCCCACAUGCGUUCACCAUGACCCUUCAAGGGCUCUUGGAGACCUCACUGGCAUCAAGAAACACUACUCUCGCAAGCACGGUGAGAAGAAGUGGAAGUGUGACAAAUGCUCCAAAAAAUAUGCUGUUCAAUCUGAUUGGAAGGCACACUCCAAAACCUGUGGCACAAGAGAAUAUAGAUGUGACUGUGGCACCCUCUUCUCCAGACGUGACAGUUUCAUCACCCACAGAGCCUUUUGUGAUGCAUUGGCACAAGAAAGUGCAAGGGAGCCACCCAACCUGAGCAGUGCCAUAAGCAACCAACUAUAUGGGAACAGUAACAACAUGUCCUUAGGCUUAUCCCAAAACAUGUCCCUCCAAGACCAAAACACACAAUCUAGUGACCUAUUGCGUUUUGGCAGUGGUGCAAGAACUGGUCAAUUUGACCACAUUCUGCCACCAACCCUUGCCUCACCCUUCAGACCAUCCUCACACCAAACCAUGCAAACCCCUCCAUUCUUCAUGCCAUCAGAAUCAAACCAAAACCAAAGCCAAAACUACCAUGACCACCAACAAGGGUUAAUCUCAAACAAGCCUUUCCAAGGACUAAUACAAUUAUCUGACCUCAACAACAAUAUUAAUACCCCUUCUGGCUCCAACCUCUUCAACCUUCCCUUUCUAUCCAACCGAGCCAACAACAACAACAACAGCAACUUCUCUGAUCAGGAACAACACUUCAACACUACCGAAGGCUCCAAUUUCUUCUCAGAAAGCACCAUCAUUGGCACUGAUGAUCACCAAACAAGCUCCACCACUGCCCCUUCUCUCUUCAGCACCUCUCUUCAAAACACCACCAACUUUUCCCACAUGUCCGCAACCGCACUGCUUCAGAAAGCUGCUCAAAUGGGUGCUGCAAGUUCCAGCAACAACAACACCAACACCAACACCAACACCACCAACACCAGUGCCUCCUCUCUUCUCAGAAGCUUAGCUUCCAAAUCUGAUCACAGGCCACUCAGUCCUGCAAACUAUGCAACCAUCUUCAACAACAGCGUUCAAGAAAUGAUGAACAUUCCGGGGUUUGAAGCGUAUGAUCAUGGCAUGAACAAAGAACCGAAACUGAGCGUUGGAGCCUCUGAUAGGCUCACGAGGGACUUUCUAGGAGUUACACAACAACAACAACAACAACGUGGGUUCAACAUGAGUUCUUUGGAAGCAGAGACAAAUAAUGCUGCGCCGUCAGGUCAAUCUUUCGGAGGUGGAGGGAACUUUCAGUGAAGUACAAAAGGAAUGUCAACUUGUUCCAUUGAAAAUUGACUAAUUAGUCCAUCAGUUUCGGUUUUCGGGAGCAACAUAUUUUGUGGAAGCAUAUUGGAGUUUCUGUAUAGAGCUAGCUAGAAUCAAGAUUUUCAAACAAAUGAAAAUUGACUUCCUUGCAUCAUCAUACUGUGGAAGCAUAAGCAAAUUUGGUAUUAGGAUUUCAAACAAAACUUGUUCCAAAAUUUUCAUGGUAUAACUCAGUAGAUUUUCAGCUUUCGAAAAAAGAAAAAGAAAAAAAGAUAAUUAAGUAGAUUCUGUUAUUAGACAAUGCUUUGAUAUGUAAAUGGCCAGGAAUACCAGUCAUAACGCUUUAUAUGCCAUUGCGAUAUAUAUAAAGCAACUUCGUUUCUCUAUAUAUCUAGAAAGGAAUCAUUCUUAGCC